UAAACUGGAAGAAGAAAGUUAUAACAAUGUACACAUAAGUAAUAUACGUGUCCAAGGUACGCCCUCACAAAUGUGGGCCAGCACAAUGACUGAAGAACCCAGUAUUUGGAAGAAUUUUUAGUGCAAUGUUUGUGGCUGUUACGUUGAGAAACUACCAGUGAUGGAGGUCAAUGAAAACAAAGUGUCAAAGUCGUUCACCAAUUUCGAAAAGGCGCUCGAAUUUCACAAUUUACUUAAAAAUGUUAAAUGUCGUCGUCAGUCAUGCCCUGGAUCGUGUGAGCUGCUAAAUGUACCAAAUUUCCAUUUGUUCAUUGAAUUUAAAAAGGCACGAAAGUGCUCUUUUCAUCAAUUACCAACAACAAUUGCGAUUGAAUGUACAUUCAGAUUAGCAGGGGUAAUAACUCGGGAGAACAAUAGAUAUGUUGUCUAUUGUUUACUAGACGGACAAUGGUCGUUGUAUGAUAACAACUGCACCGUGAUCCAGACACCGUCCACCGUAGACAUUGGACUACUUUGUAUGAUAUACAUACUCGAGUCAUAACGUGGCAGAUCGCAAUUGUUCGAAAAUCGCAAUACCAGUCCUCAGAGGUCCAGUCGACCCCUUUGCCAAUGUCUGGUUACUACCGACUUCAUCGGUAACAGGUAACUUUAUGCAACCAAGAAUAUUUUUCCGUGUUCGAAAAUGACUAUUCUCAUUGGCAAGAGAAAUAUGUAUCUGGCAAAUCCUCCAUGAUGUUCACCGUUUUCUCAGUUCGUUAUGA